AUGAGCACAGACCAACAAAUGCAUCUGGCAGUAGCUCCCAGAGCUAGCUCGUCGCAUCUGAACAGACCAGCACGGCAACUCGUGCCCGCCUUUCUCCAAAAAUUAUACGAGAUGGUUAAUGACCCCUCAGACCACGAUCUCAUUCGGUGGUCUGACACUGGUGACUCUUUCUUUGUCCUCGACCAAGAGCGCUUCGCAAGCGAAGUCUUAGGACGCUGGUUCAAACACAAGAACUUCUCCUCAUUUGUCCGCCAACUCAAUAUGUAUGGCUUCCACAAAAUUCCUCAUCUCCAACAAGGUGUGCUACGUUCGGAUUCUGAUACCGAAUUCUGGAACUUCGAGCACCCUCAUUUCCUCCGUGGCCAACCGGACAUGCUCUGCCUUAUCCAGCGCAAAAAGCAGGCCGCAUCUGCCUCUGAAGUUGCUUCUGCCGUCGCUGAAGUUUCCAAUAAAGAAGUGGGCGCAGCUGCGUCUGCAGGAGCUUUAACUCCUGGCCAAUUGAUGGACAUGAAUUCGAUCGUCAAUGGUAUCCAAGCCAUCAAACGACAUCAAGCCGCCAUUUCUGCCGACCUCAACGACCUCAAGUCCUCCAACCAACAUCUUUGGCAGGAGGCUAUUGCUGCUCGUGAGAGACAUAAGAAACAUCAGGACACCAUUAAUCGUAUCCUCAAAUUCCUUGCUGGUGUGUUUGGUCACGCGGACAAUCCAAUACGCAAGGAUGAUAUAGGUGGAGGUGGGGUUGUCAGUGGUGGUGAGGGGAGUGAGAUCGUUGCGAGAAAACCACAGCGGUUGAUGAUUGGCGAUGGACGCAGUGGCGGAGGGAGUGGUGCAAAGAAGGGUGUCGACAUUACUGAGAUCAUAGAGGACCAACCGAGGACUAGCAUAGAUAGUGCAAAGUCUUCCGAAAUGGAUUUUUUCGCAUCUCUAGACACACCUUCUGCUAUCCCAUCUGAGUAUGGCCCUUCGUGUAAUCCUUCACCCCGAUUUGCAUCCAUCGAACCCUCCCUUCCUGAUGCCCCAACUCCCUCAGCAGAUUCAAAUACUACGUCAUGCCCCAACACAGCCCCAAUCAACACCACCGCUACAGCCAAUGGCAUCAACCCAAACCCAUCAAAUAUAAAUGCCGCUCCAGCCACCUCGCCCAAUACUGCCUUCCCUCGCCCUGCCCCGAUUCACCAUUCAGUCUCUGCGCCUGCUUUUACAUCCCUAACUACAACAUCCCCUCCCCCUUCCCCACAGAAUGACGCUCUCAUUCAUGCUGCACUAUCCCAGGUGCUCUCGUCUCCUGUACAGAUGCAGAAACUGAUAACUGCUCUUGGUGGGGGUGGGUUUUCGUUUCCAGGAGAUGGACACGCGCAAGGAAUAAUACCACAGUCCAUCAUGCAGCAGCCUUUCCCCACCCAGCCGCAACCCCAGCCGCAACCGCAGGCCCAAUUGCCCCGAGCAGCACACAAACGCCAACCCAGCGCAACUAAUGCCAGUGAUGGCGCCGAGUUAGCGGCUUUCGAAGCACACGACGACCACCUGCAGAAAACCUACUCUACAGCACACGAGAUCAACACAGAUGUUGACUCGCUAGAGACGAACAUCCAUUCCCUUAUUCAGAGCCUUGGCUUUGACCCGUCGACUUUCGACGCCACUGAUAACACACAGGCACAUCUCGAUGAUCCCUACGGGGUAGGUUCGGGGCAGGAUUCUUUCGACAUUGGCUCAUAUCUUAACGGGAUGGACCUGGCGCACGAUGCGGCUGGGCAUACGGGCCAGGGCGAGGAAGACCCGGAUAUUGAGAGCUUGAGACUGGCAGACAAGCUGGACUCGUCAACGGCGCGUGGAGCAGGCGUGGACAAAAAAGUGCCAAGUGAAGAGGUACAUGCAUUCCUUGACGGGGUUACUUCUCAGGACGGCGGCGUGGACAUGGCUACGUCUUUGAUGCAACCAACUCAAAGCACGAACACUACACGAGGCCGCAAGCGCAAAUCAGACAUACCGGAUGUUGAUUCGCUCUCGGGUCCAGCAGAAUCGACAUUAUCAUCAGCAGGAAAUAGAACUAAAAGGAAAAGAUGA